GAGGCCUCCAGUCGCUUCGAGGCACUGACCUCACGGGUGCGCGAGGAGUUGCUGCUGCGCCAGGAAAAGUCCAUGGACAACAAUGGCGGCUUGCGGGGCUUCUACCGGAUAGAUGGCAGGGAUUUUGAUGACUUGGACCUGUCCUUCAAGUUCAUUCCCUUGGCAUGUUUUGCUGGAGCCAACGUGCUGCUUACCACCCUGCUUUUCACGCGUCGUUUGCUCCUCUGCUUGGCUGCACUGUUCCUGGUCGCCGCAGCUGGGGCCGCAACCUCUAUGAUUGAGGUGCGACCGGUCACCGCGGUCACGUGGCAGCUGCUGGCAGUGCACGCUGCAGAAGUGGCCCUGGCCGCAAGUUCUGUCCUCUCCUACAAUGGCAAUCGGGUUCUGAUCAAGUUGCAGAUGUUCAAAGAUUUGUUCAGUGAAGAGCAACUGGAGCGCGGCACGGCAUGGCGCUGGAUGACCUCAUGGCUUCAGAUGCCCGUGCAGCUCUUCAUGCCUAGUUUGGGAAUGCUGCUGACCCUCCUAGUCCUCAGUCAAGUGGUGGAAGGAAUUCCAAUGGCGCAGGAGGCAAUCCACACGGCCCUGCCCGGAAUUUCGGUGAUCUUACUCUGUGGUCCCAGUCUCUUCGUCCCAGCCAUUUUGAUGGGUGAUUGGAUGGCUGAAGCCAGACAAGAACGAGAUGACCCCUGCAUUUCGCCUUGGUUAUUGCCCAAGGAGUUGAUUUGGCGUCCACUGAGUAAAGACCAGCGCCGGCGCCGCCGGCGCUAUGCUCUCUUUGGGAUUCUCAGUUACAACCAUCGAGCCGCUUGUCCUUUGCUGAUGCUUCUGGUGCUGGUCCUGCUGAUUGUCACCUUCACCCGGACCCAGGAACCUUUGAGCACAUCCACACCGCAUCUUUUUGGUAAUGGGCAGCUCUUUCGCGAAGCGCAAGCUGCUAAGGCCGCCCUUGGAGCCCUGCCCUCGGCCGAGCGCAUGCUUCAGAGUUCCCUCCGCAACGCCACCGCGUGCCGCAUCGAUGCGGACUCGGGCAUUGAGUGUUCCUGGUUUUCCUGCACCGGAGACAAGGAGGCGGAACUGCCCGAAGAGAGCUGCACCUGCGACUUUCGCUUGCCCUUUGAGUUUCGCUCCACCUGCCGAGCUUCAGCAUUCUUCAGCGGUACCAAUGAAGUGCCAGAGGGCUUUUGGUCGUGGACGCAGCAGAAAGUGGGGAUGACCUUUCUAGGCAAUGCCAGCAGCGCCGAAGCACCACCGCUAGAAGUGGAGGAUUGGAGCAGUGGACAGAAUCUGCUACAAAAGCAGGUGUCCAGUUCCAUUCUGAUCCAGACAAUGGGCUUGAGCUGCUUUCGGGCUAUUUGCUAUUGCGGACCUCGACGCUGUGUCAAACCGGAAGCGUAUCAAAGCCUAGGCGUGAUGCCGAUUCCAGUCACAACCAGCACAAGUCUUCCCAGCACUGUGCCAACUACUGAUGUGUUCAUUGUUUGGGGCUUGCAGCAGCAGACCUCUGUGACUGCCACAGCGGAUCUCCAAUGGACCUGGAAUCCCAGCAUGAUGGCAGAACCGGAGGCACAGCGUGAGUUGCUGAGAACCUGUUUGGCAACGCCGCCAGAAUUUGAGAUCAUCUCGCGCCGGUGUUUCGCCCUAGAUUUUCAGCAAUGGCUGGAGAGCCGUGGGGAGAGGUUUCCCGUGGCGCUGACCGAUUUUCCAGAUCGCUUGGAGACUUUUGCUGUGGACAGCAAGGAGAAGUAUUUCUGGCGCUCACCCAGUGGAGAUCUCGCGGGCACCGUGGCGCGGCUACGGGUCUUGAAAAACGACCUGACAACUUCGGAGCUGGUCACAGGCUGGCAACGCUACCUGAGGCUCAGGAAAAUGGCUCCAUGGAGUUCCAGAGCAUGGUUGGCUUUCGAAGAUUCGAGUCUUAGUGAGGCAGAAGAACGUCACCUCCUUGAGGUGGCGACUGGACACGUUGCGGCCAUCUUCGUGGGCAUGUUGGCGGCCUGGACGUGUGUCUUCACUUGUAGCCUUCGAAUGGCACUGGCAGCAGCCUGUUCUGGAGGGUUUUCUCUGCUGGCCUUCUUCUUGUGUAGACCAUUGAUCCCUCAGUCGGCGGUGCUGCAGCUGUGGUGUCUCGUAGUGCUGGUGACAACCUUGGUCGCCCCAAUGACUCGCUUCCUCUUCUUCUACAGCAGUGCCAGGAACGGUCCUGGAAGGCGAGUGAAGAACGAGAGAAGCAACAGCUUCGAGAUCCAGGAUACGAUGGACUUGACUUCCAUCAGCAUGCCAGGUAUGCCACGCGACUCCACACGACAGGAAUCCAUUCCACGAAGCCAGACACAACGCCUGCUGAGUGUGGAGACCGAACAGACUGCGCAGCUGCAGAAAGAGCAAGAAGACCAAAAGCGACUUGCACAGGUAGCUGCUGAGAGAAAGGAAAUGCAGAGUCUCUUCCGCCCCUCGGCGAUCCACUCGGAGCGGCGCAAUCGCAGCACCACGGCCUUGUGCCACUCCGCCGAGAUCACUGUGGGCGUGGUGCUGUCGUUGAUCUUUUCAUGGCUCACCUUAUGGUCAGCGGCUCCGGAUGCCUUAGCGCAGGUUGCCCGUAUCUUUCCUGUGCUCGCAGUGAUCUUGCUCACAGUGAUUCUGUGCGUGUCUCCCAUUUUGAUCCUUGCUGGCCUGGGGGCUUCCAGGGUGUGGCGACAAGCGAUGAUGGCCUACAUCGGUGCCAUCACAGGCUGGAACCGGCGCUUCGGCGGCCCCGCCUGCAGCUUUCCAGAGCUUCGAACGCCACAGGAUGACGAGUUGGAAGUCAGCCGAUCCAUCAAGGUGCUGGGCUGGCCUUUCAACCGAGUCCACCUCGACGCCGAGCGGUCCACUGGCCUCACCGAAAGCCCCGGUGCUCCGAAAAAGCCGGUGCUGACCGGACCCACCGAGGCUGAUACCUAUGGACUGAGCCGGCAGUGAGCCUUUUUCGGAGAGCGACACGGACAGCGCGCCUGCCUGCGCGGCAUGGAGAGCUACCUACCGUUUGACCAUCCC